GAAGAAGAAAGAAGAAGAAGAGGGAUGAGGAUGGAGGUGGCGGCGGCGGCGGUGGGGGAGGAGGAGGAGGCGGCGGCGGGGGGGAUGAUGGGGGUGUACGAGAGGGUGGCGCGGAUGGCGGGCGCGAGCGCGGUGGUGGUGUUCAGCGGGAGCGGGUGCUGCAUGUGCCACGUGGUGAAGCGCCUCCUGCUGGGGCUGGGCGUCGGCCCCACCGUGUACGAGCUCGACCAGCUCCCCGCCGCCGCCGCCGGCGACAUCCAGGCGGCGCUGGCGCGGCUGCUCCCGCCGUCGCAGCCGCCCGUGCCCGUCGUCUUCGUCGGCGGGAGGCUCCUCGGCGGCGUCGACAAGCUCAUGGCCUGCCAUAUCAACGGCACCCUCGUCCCCCUCCUCAAGCAGGCCGGCGCCCUCUGGCUCUGA